GAUUCUAAAUUCUAAACACAUAUGACAUAUCACUUCAAAUUCAUUCUAUGCGAAUAAUUGCCAGAAAAUUUCUUUUGAAUAUCAUAGUGGGAGGUUUUAUUUGGUGGCUGGUGGUCCAGAAAUGAAUCGGUUUUCAUUUUAUCAAUGAAGGCUUUAUUCAAUUGGUGAUGAUUGAUCGGUUAAUUUGCGGCUGUUUGACUUUAAUCAUUUAUUUCACUAUGCUCUACAUAAUUGGAAUUGCAUUUUACUACUUGAAGUACUUGUCAUAAAGAACAUACAAUACUAUAUUACAAUUUGCCACACCAAAUUUGCAACUGAAUGUUUUUGGCACCUACCAUUGGGGUUGAAAUCAGUCAAAAUGCUUCAACAAAUCUUGAAAGACAUGUACAUUCACCCAGACCUUCUAGCUGAGCUCUCCAAGAGCAAAAGAACGUUCUCUUUAUCAAAAUGAGAGAGGAACAAGUUCGACGAUGGAAAGAGUGGAAUGUCAAGAAAAUGAAACAACCAUCAAAAGAACCAAACCGACCAAUAAAAAGGGAGCCAAUGUUCAUUAUUUGCUUGGAGCAGAUGGCAAUCCAUGGACUUGGGUUCUUGGAGAGAGUGACAUUGGAGCAUUUGAGAGUGAAAAAGAAAAAAAUUUUGAUGCACUUGACGACAAAGAGGUUGAGAGAAAAGCAAGGGAAUUGGCUGAAAAAGAGGCGGCAGAAUUGCGCGCUAAAGAACUUGCUGCCAUCGAGCUAAGGGCAAAAAAGUUGAAAGAAGAAGAGGAAAAACUUGAAAAGGAACAUGCAGAGAAGGAGAAGUUGUUGAAAACUAACAAAUCAAUGAUUAAGCAAACAAAUGACCAGACAAAGAACAAAUUUGUUAUAAAACUGAAUGAGAAUGAGCGUCUUCAAAUUAAGAAUCGGAGAAGCUCAAAGGAAAAGGAAAGCAACGAAAAAAGAACACGUGACGAACUAAAACGAUUAAAAGAAAAACAACAGCAAAUGGAGGCCGCAAAGUUGAAGGAGGAAAAGCUAGAAAAGGAAAAAUUAAUGCAAGAGACGUUAGAAAAGGAACGCAAGGAAAGGGAAGCAGAGGAAAGGCGACAGACUGAAAAGAAGAAACUUUUGCAGCAACAAGAACAAAAACAACAAGAAGAGAAACAAAAGGAAAGAGAAAUAAAACGUUUGGAGGAGUUGCAAAGACAGACGAGAGAAGAGGAAGAAAGGCUGGCAGAAUUAAAGAGAUUGGAAGAAGAAGAGAAACAUAAAAUGGCAAUGAAAGAAAGGGAGCUGAAGGAAUUACAGGACAAGCGAACCAGGGAAUUGUAUCUAAAGAUGAAAAAGCAAAAGGACGAAGAAAGGAAAAAGGAAGAGGAAGCAAGAAAGAAAGAUCACGAAGCUUGGAUGGAACGGGAACGAAAAGCGAAGGAGGCCGAGUCGGAACGGCGAACUUCAGUCAGUAGAGCAAGAAAAGAGGUAAAAAGGCGCGAAGAAGAAGUUAAAGAACUUCAGAAACAGGGCUUCAUUGAAGUUGCUAGCGGUCUAUAUCGACGGCUGUCGCUAAGUAAGUCGAGGGUACAUCGUAUUGAGCCAAGAGUACCAGCUGAAAGUCAAACUAAUGUACAGAAGAAAGGACGUCCAACAAUUUCGUCUCCUGAACUUAUCAGUGCAACGGGAACGACUAUUCCCGUGCGUUCAAUCAAACCGCCAAAGCCAGAACGCUCUCCACCUUCAAUUCCAAAAAGGAAUCCACCUCUUGGACCCGCUCCUCCUCCGCCAAUAAACAAUGGCGAUGUAAUAGGUCAACAAAAGAGAACAGAUCGUCCCAGCAGUCGACAGCAGAUCAUUGAGUGGUGGCAGGAAGUCGAGAUGAGUAAGGGUUCUGGUUUUAAGGACGAUGUUCCUUUACCUUGGUUUCACGGUCUUAUAACAAGACAAGAAGCAGAGAGCCUGCUGGAAGAAGAACCCGUUGGAUCAUUUCUGGUUCGUGUCAGCGAGCGAGUUUGGGGCUACACAAUAUCUUAUCGUAGUUUGGAUCGCUGCAAACACUUUCUUGUUGAUACAAGUGACAAUUCUUAUCAAUUUUUCGGUCACAAUCAAAUAGCUCACGCGUCACUCAAUGACUUGGUAAAAUUUCACCACAGCAAACCCUUGUCGGGCAUUGGUGGAGAACUUUUGCUGAAACCGUGCGGGCAGAAGGAGGGAGUAGAACCCGAUUACAAAGAACUCGUGUCACAAACGACGACAAUAUAAUUCAUUUUGAGACAUUUAGGCCAACACCUUAAUAAAGGUGCAUUUGAUUUGGAAAUUAAAUUAUUAGCUAAGAGAGAAGAAGCUAUAGAAGUAUAUCUGUAAAAAUGGAUAAAGAGACGGUAAGAACAGUCGCUGAUGAUUUGAAAGUUUAUCAAACAAUCAACGGGAAGAUGGGAGGAAAUAAAAAAAUUUAUAAAAUAUCUAAUUUUGCUGCAAAUAUUAACACUGUCCGUAUAAGAAGGAAAUAAUCCUCACAUGAUUUUAUGAAAUGAGAAAUUAAAGGUAUCCAUGGACUCUUGAGUGGUAAUGUAGGCAGUCUUUCAACAUUGUGAUGCUAGGUUCAAUUCUUGGUUGAGUCAGCAAAAACUUGUUGCAUGAAUUUAAAUAGGGUGUAGGUUAAGGGUGUACACUAUAUAUAGGGUGUGGACAAAGUAAAAUGUUGAUUAAGUGAGAUGUGAAUGAAGUGGCGUGUUGCUUAUAUAAAAGUUGGAGUAAGUAGGAAGCUCAUUAAGAAAAUUGAUUAAAGUAAAUGAUUACAUAA